GAAAUCAGUUGAUCGCAGAACGCGAACGUGUCGAGAAACGUUGUCGUCGCCGUCGUCGAGUCGGUGAUGGUGUUGGCGCAAUACGCUAAAACCCGCCUUCGAUAUUUGUUUGUAAUCACGCGUGUUCCGUUUUUUUUGUACGCCCUCGAUGAUUUCCUCUGGCUGCUAUCAAAUUGCAUUGCGAGUUGCAGUAUGCUUCGGCUCGUAGCGAGUGCGUACAUACCUGAAAGACGCAGGUGGCAUUUUGUGUAGGUUAAUUGAUCUUGUGUGACGAUCAGCAAACGGUGAUUCUAAUUUUACAACUGCCAUUCAGAAGGAAAAAAAAGUGCACAUCGGUCAAGGUUAUAGUUGCAGUGUGCGAAAUCAAAACAGAGCCAAGUGAGAAUAGGAAAAAAAGAAACAAGGAAGAUCAAGUGCAUAUUUCGUAACGCAGUCUGUUGGGAAUUAAAAAUAGACGCAGAAUACGGAGCGAGAGAAACAAAACAAGCAACGUUAUCUGUUCGAAUACACGUUAGCGCAUUGACUAUUGCGCACCUCGCAAAAUGUGUUGAGAUCGCCGCUGUAUCCACCAGCAGAAGUUAUUACACGUCUUUUUCCAGAUAAGACCUUUCUAGGAUAGACACACAGAGCGCCCGACUCUACCCUUCACCCCGUUCCGGGAGGAGAAAUGCUUAUUCUGCACCUGCCUGACUGGAGUCUCGCACACACCGCCUCAGAGUCACUUGAGCUUGCACUUCGGACGGCUCGUCGCGAACAACAACCGUUAUCUCGAAUAUCGGCCAUCGGGUUAAUUUCAGCAGAAGCAAGCAAAAACAAUCACUCCAACAACGGCUCCCGAUAUCAGUUUAUCUUUACAAGCCGGACCCCCGGUUUCUAAGCUCUGUGAUCAACGAUCGGCGAAGUGUGCUAUAAUUGGUGAAUACUGUAGUCAAUUGCCUCAUCGAAAGCCAAUCAACUCAUAUACUACCGGGUGGCAGUAAAAUUUAAUCGAGUGUAGAUGUGAUUGUUUGUACCCACCCGUGCCUUCACUACUAGCAGCAAAACCGGAUUAGUGCGUGCCCUCCCCGCGCCAAGCAGGUUAAUGAUCUAGGCGCCUGACACGUGCCGUAUUUGAAGUAAUUACCAGUGAAGUCAGAAGCAGGCCGAACACGAGCCCGCUCUUGAUCGGUCACCAUUGUGCUAUCCACUUCCAACGAUUUGAUCAGCAUGUCGAUGAUGGGCGAUAUGGUUCAAAGAACUAGAACGAUGUACGUGAGCAACAAUCCACCGGUGGUGGCGACAGUCAUGUCCUUGGAGGAAUCCCGCCGGACACAACGCCCCUACCGGUAUGGAAUGAUACUGCUGUGCGUGGGUGCCCUAGUCAACUGGCUCGGACUGGCCGAGAACUAUUCGGAACCGAUUCGGUACACCGGAGUGGCGUGUAUUCUUGCAGGAGCGUGUUUGAUUUGUACGGCCAUGUGCUGCUGGUUGCAUACGCCCAAUCGAAGUGGAUCUGCAAACGAGAACGACGAUCCAGUGCACGUGAUAAGUUCAGCCGAAGAACGCCGGUGCGAGAAACCACCCGACUAUGACAGCGUUGCGGUUGCGCCUCCCAGCUAUGACGACGCCAUCAAACUAGACCCGUCAGCCCUGCUACACCUGUCCCUGAUGGUGACGAUGGAGAAUAACAGUACCUCCUCUGAUAGCAAUAUAAAUAGCAAUUUAGCAACUACUACUGCCGCCAGCAAUACUACAACUACCACUACUACUACUACCACUAGUUCUACGUCAUCAGCGACGGUUAACUUCCCCAGCGUGCACACGCGAUCGCGGGAUAGUCACAGUACUGCCUCAGACAGUACCCGUUGCCAUCCAGCGGUGGCAGCGACUAACUUCGGUGUAGAGAACGAGAUACGGCGGGAAAUCCCACCUCGCUACGAAGCCAUCGGCUCACAAGCUAGUGCUCCUCCUCAUCCUGCCAUCGUGGCUGCAAUACCUUUCGGAACGAGUCCAGGAAUGGCGGUACUCCGAAGUGACUGAUGUGUGGGAAAUGUCUGCAGUGAUCCCGCGGGAAUCCCAUUCCAGUAGUCGUCGAUCCGGAGUGAACUCAACGUUAUUUGUAUUUUCCAAUGUUUUUUUUUACGAUACCGAUUAAAUUUAGUCCUCAGCUGGAUCCACUUAGGCCAAGUGGGUGACAGUGAUCGCAAGGCUGUGCUCAACUUGUGUAAUGUUUGUACUUACUUUGUAAGAUGAUACACACAAAAAAAGUCUCAAGUCACUUGUAGAAUAUUUUAUAUAGAAGUAAGAUUUGUCGAAACUUGAUUAGGCUAGUGGAUAGUUUGUAUUUUUCCCCGUGCGUUUGCACCAGUAUUAAGAAGGAAUAGGCAGAAAAGCAUGCGCGAACAACGAGAAAUAGGCAGCAGCAGUUCGCGUCGAGCUUGGUCGGAUCGAGUAGGAAAGGUGCUAAUUUGCAAUGCUAAUUGCUGUAUCAGAUAUCUGCCAAAGGCAGGACCACCAGACGAUGUAACGACUAAACAGUAUGAUCACAACAGGCGCGUACAGAAGUGUAAAUCUCAAUUAUAAGGUUUCAGUCAAUCGGAUGAUCCCACGUAUUUCGUGUAGUUGCAGUUAGAUAAGCAAGAAUGAUGCCUGCCGUGAAUCAGCGAAGACGAUUGUCGCGACCUUACAGCAAACAUGAGAAAAUGUUUGCCGAAUAUGUGAAAUUUCUGGGCAUCAUAUAUCGAUUAAUGUUAAAUAUAUAAAUCAUUACA